AUGGGCAUCAAACGGUUUCGUAUUACUAAAGUCUGUGAUUUUUGCAAGAAAAGAAGAGUUAAAUGUGAUUUGGAGCAACCUUGUUCUACAUGUAUAAAGUAUAAAAAAGAAUGUACUUACACAGAAAGAAAUUCAAUGGUUAAACAAGGUGGUGAAAAAUUAGAAACUCCCAAUGUAAAACAUGAACUAAAUGAAUUGAAAAAUAAGUUAAAAUUAUUGGAAAAGUCAGUAACUUCUGAAGCUAUACCACCUGAAAGUAAUUAUGAUAUUAAUGAAUUUGUAAAUGUUAAUGAUUUCAUAGGGAAUAAUCAAAUUGAAUCAAAUCUUGAUAAUUACAAUUUCUUCGAAAGAUUAACACCGACUAAAGAUAAAGAUCCAAUACGAAAAAGGAACUCGGGCCCAUUAUCUUGGAUUACUUUGAUCAAAAAUGAUAAUGCAAAUUCAUUAGUCUGGAAUCAUAUGUCAACUAUAAAAGAUUCAUUUGAUUAUAAAGUAUUUGCAAAUCAAAAUAAUGCUUCACAAACUGAUAUUGAUUUUACAAAAAAAGUACAUGAUGAAAAUAAAGUUCAAAGUGCUUCAUUUGGUUUAUCAUUUUAUCAAGGUGGUUUAAAUGAAGAAUUGCAAUUGGUUGAAAAAAUUAAAUUUGUAUUACCAACAAAACAGGUUAUUUGGUUGUUAUAUGAUAGAUUCUUCAAUAUCUUAUAUCCUUUAUUUCCUAUAAUUGAUGAAACUAAUUUGAAAGUUAACUUGGAAAAGAUUUUAGGAGAUGAUUUACAUGUUGAGAAAAAGACUGAUUUUAUAUACCUUGGGAUACUAUUAAUUAUAUUGAGAUUAAGUUUUAUAUCUUUAUUUUCACAUGAUUUAUCUACAAAUGAGUCAAAUUACCGUACAGAGCUUAAAGUGUUGUAUGACAAUCCGGUUAAUAUUGAAGUGAUCAAUAUUGCUUGUUCAUGUUUUCAUUUAUUCAAUUAUAUGCGGAAUUCAAAUAUAACUUUACUUCAACUAGGGGUUUUAAUCAGAUUAUACCAUUCAAUAGCUCCUGAAGAAGGUGAUGGAUUAGAUGGAGGUGAUGCAGAAGUUUCCAUUGCAAUGUUAAUACGAAUGGCUUUACAAUUAGAUUUACACAGAGAACCAGAUAAAUUUGAUCAUUCUUCAAGAGAUGAAAAAUUAAACAAUUUAGGUAGAAAAAUCUGGUAUACUUUAAUCAUGCAAGAUUUGGAUAAUGCAAUGGCUCAUGGUACUGGUUUAAAUGUCAAUGCUUAUUCAUUUGAUACUGAAAUACCAUUUUAUACACCAGGCAAUGAAAAUGUUACAAAUGCAACUUUAGAAAAAAUUGCUGGUUCAGGUUUUCCAAAUUUGGAAUCUGCAUAUGAACCUUUGUAUGAAUUACAAGAUAUGUUGUUUAAAGUUAAGGGGACUGUUAAUUUAUCAGUUUUUGUCAAGAAGUUGAAUUAUGUGGAGAGAUAUUUAGAGGAUAGAUAUGGAUCUAUACUAGAAGAUUAUAAUUUCAAUUUAAACCUUGAAGAAUCAUUUUUAAUGAGUAUAAAUUUAAAAAUAUUUUUCAAUUGUACUUAUUGGCUAUUAAGUAUAUAUAGUCAUUUGAUGAAUCAUUAUGAAAGAAUAGCUAAUCAAAGGUUAUUGUAUUAUUAUCUUAAAAAGUCAUUUUCAAUGUGUUUGAAUAAAGUUAUUCCAUUUGUAGAUAAAAUAAUGGGAAAUCUAGAUAAACUAAAACCUCCCCAUGAUCUUUUAAUAACACCAAGUUUGGAAUUAGCAUGUCAUAAGUCUAUAAUUUUAAGUUUAGCGAUUUAUGUUAGGUUACAGUAUUCAAUCAAUGUCUUACAAUAUAAAUAUGAUCAUCUUACAAGAAUGAAAUCAAAUAAUCCUGCAGACACAGCAUAUAAAGUACACUUUAAAAAAUUGAAUAAUUGUUUUAAUCUACUCCUGAAAUCAUCAGAUUUCUUUCUCAAAUGUUUAUCUAAAUUAUCAUAUCGUUAUUAUUACGCAUGGAGAGUAACAAAAGCACAAAAAUACGUAACUUCAAUAGUAGAUGACGAGUUUAUGAGGAAGUAUAAAUUACCAUAUAAUGUUGAUUUAUUGACUACCGAAAUGUUGACAGAUUUGGAGAAUAUAAUGAUUAAUUCAUUAAAUCAAAUUGAACAAGCAAAGAAACCUUCCAUGACAUAUACACCAUCUCCAACAAAUUUAUUAACUUCAGAUACCAUUAAUCAACAAGCUGAUUCAAUUUGGGUUCAAAUGUUGGGUGCAAAGAAUAAUGAUUUUUCAGAAAAUUUAAAUUUUGAGAUACCACAACAACUUGUACCAGAUAUUAUUCAUCAUGGUGGUGAAAAUAUGGCAGUAAAUCCAAUUGAUAAUUAUUUAUUUGAUGAAUUUUUGAGGGAGUUUUUGUAG